AUGACCCGAGGGAAUACAAUGCAGUCCAAGGCUUACUAUAAGGGCCGGACUGAAGACUUCGUCAUCUUCGUUGAGGACAUUACCGCGGUGCAGAACUGGAGGAAAGAUCACACUCUACCACUUGCGCAGGUGAUGGAUGGGUGGAAAAUAUUUACCUCACAUCAAACCCUGGAGGCGCACGCAAGGCUAUCUGCUAAUGGAAUCUUGCAACCCUGCAGACAUGGGCCUCAAGGGAUACAUAAUGAAGCCAGCAGGGAUACUCUUGAGCGCGAGUUCGGAACAUCCAAUGACCAAGAGGUCAUAUUUCAUAUAUUGGAGAAAGGGGAAAUUCAGGAGUGUGUCGUGAGUACUAAUCUCUCCUUUAUCUCGCCAUUGUUCAUAUUCAUUACCGAUACCGAUAUCAAUACCCAGUACCUUGCCCUUGAAGUCGAGUCCUAA